UGUUCCUCCAGGCUCAGGGAUCUUCAUCUCUCCCAAGGGCGUGAUCGCCGGCACUGGGUCCGUGGCCUUGAGUCUGAUCGUCUGGGUCGCCUGCGGAAUGAUCUCCCUUUUUGGAGCGCUGGCGUAUGCUGAGCUCGGUACUCUGAUCACCAAAUCUGGCGCGGAGUACGCCUACCUGUUAGAGGCGGGAAAAAGUCUCCCAAAGACUGUGGCUCCUGUCCCAGCCUUUCUCUUCUCCUGGGUCUCCGUAUUUGUCCUCAAGCCCAGCCUCUUUGCCGUCAUCUCGCUCAGCUUUGGUAUCUAUGUCAUCGAACCGUUCUACCCAAACUGUGAGGCGCCGGACGGACUCGUGAAGAUCGUCUCUGUCUUGUGCAUCUGCAUGGUGGCUGCUGUCAACUGUCACAGUGUGGCUUUGGCCACUCGGGUCCAGAACUUCUUCACAGUGGCCAAACUUUUGGCUGUGUUGGUCAUUGUGGUCGGCGGGUUCUAUAUGAUGGCUAAAGGUCACACAGAGCACAUCAGGGAAGGUUUUGAUGACACAUCCAGAAAUCCCUCCACCAUAGCUCUGGCUUUCUAUGACGGUCUUUGGGCUUAUGACGGAUGGAACAAUUUGAACUAUGCAACAGAAGAACUCAAGAACCCCUAUGUCAACCUCCCCCGCGCCAUCAUGCUGGGAAUCCCCCUGGUAACAGUCUGCUACUUGUUGACCAACUUGUCUUACCUGGCCGUCAUGUCCAAGGAGACUCUCUUGGCUUCUAACGCUGUGGCUGCGACUUGGGGAGAGUCAGUUCUUGGUAGUGCUGCCGUCCUCAUCCCAAUCUUUGUGGCUCUGUCUACAUUUGGCGCUGCAAAUGGAUCUUGCUUCACUGGAGGAAGAUUGGUGUACGCGGCAGCCCGGGAGGGACAUUUGCCAGAAGUUUUCUCCUAUAUUCACAUCAGAAAGGCCACACCUCUUCCUUCCCUUCUUCUUACAACUCUGAUUGCCAUUUUGAUGAUGAUUCCUGGAGACAUUUUCAGCCUCAUUGACUUCUUCAGCUUUGCGGCAUGGCUGUUCUAUGGGGGUACUAUGGCCUCUGUUAUUGUGCUGAGGUACUCACGACCUAACGCUCCACGACCUUACAGGGUGCCAACAAUCAUUCCGAUUGUGGUGUUCAUCAUCUCAGUGUACCUGGUAGUCGCUCCCAUCAUCCAAGAGCCCCGGAUUGAAUUUUUAUAUGCUUCUCUCUUCAUUCUGAGUGGACUCAUCUUUUAUAUACCCUUUGUUGGCUUUAAUGUCAACCUAAGGUUUUUAGAGCCAAUCACCACGUUCCUGCAGUGUGUGCUUGAGGUAGCACCCAGCAAGUAUGAGCCCCCAGAAUAGAAAGGAACAUCCAGUUCAGUGUGUUGAUCAGAGAAACUGAGAGCCAUAUUGUAAGGAGACCUGGCGUCUUGCUAUCUGCCUAGUCUAUCUUUAGUAUUUAUUGUUUUGUCAGGCGACUAUUUUUGUUACACCGCAGUGUUACAUUCAAGUUCAUUUGUCGUGUCGAAAAGCUUUACACAGGCCACACUCCGACUAUCAGAGUCAUUUAUUUUGUAAAACAGUAACGUUAAAUGUGUUCCAUGAUAGUACUCCUAUUACAAACUUGUGUGAAGUUCUUUGUUCCGUACAGAUGAAUAACGCACUGAUAUUGUAAGCAAAAUAAGCUUUGUGAUGACUGGGUUUGAUAUGAAUGGUGAUUAUGUGAAGGAGGCUUCAUUUAUUAUCUCUGACUGAAAAUAAAAUAAUUAUAUUACUGCAUGACAUGCAGGAACAGCAGGAUACAAACUGAGACACUGUUAUGAAGCCAAAGAAAUUUCACAUGUGUUUUUGUUGUAGUUUCUUUCAGUGGGCUGCUUUCUAAGAGAUCUUUUUAGCAUCUUGUACAAGCACAAGAAUGUAGAUUCCAAUGUCCCCUCAAAAACUUUGUUUUAGACAUUCUUUGGUGGGUAUUUUCUACAUUAGUGUUAAUGAGUGAAAGUCAAGUUAUUUCGGAGAACUGAUUUGAUGUGAGAGAUUCGUUUACUUUUUUAUUUGUUUGUACUACCUCGCAGGAGGUUGAAACACUCUCUGUGUCUUAAAGUAUCUUGCCAGAAAAAUUGUCACAUUCAGUUCACCAGAUAUCACACAUGAGUGACCACACAUGAGUGUUGUGUUUAAAAGAAUGCAGUCUUGAGUAUCACUGAUCUCAAAAUACAUAUCAAUAUUUAUUUGGGAAGUCCAAAUUGUCUCCAUAGAUAGUGUUUGCUAUCAAAUAUCGGUUGUAAAUGUUUUAUAAACACUCUGUAAUUUGUUUUACAUUUUUCUUGCUUUUUUUUCAUUGUCAUGUAAGACAUUUUGUAUGUCUUCUGUCUCGUAAUACUUGUCAGAUUUUUGUGCCUGUCAAUAUUCUCACUGACAGAUGAGAAUCUCAUUUGGGAGAUGAUGGUGUGUCUUCUUGUAGUGUUGUGGGAGUGUAGGGGAGCUCUUGGCCAAAAGAUUUCCCCACGUUACAGAACUUUCUGACUACUUACAUACUCAAUCUGCACAUAAGAAUUCUUGCAAAAUAUGUUUUGUUUGUUUUUCUGCUCAGGUAUAAUGUCCAACAUUAUCUGGAUUGUGAAGAAUAACGCAUUGAAAGUGAGCUACAUUAUGUUGAUUGGGGUGUAACAAAUGUACAAUGAAUCUCUUUUUGUUGUCUUUUGACUACCACAGAAACACAUGAUAAGUAUUUUGACAUUUCUACCUGCCUAGUGCAUGAACACUUUAAGGGGUGGAACCAUAAAAGAAGGGUUCUCUAACAAAACACGCAGUAUUUAAAAGAUUUAAAAAUAUAGAAUGAGCUGAUUAUGUGAUUAAAACCUAUAUGUUGUUAAAGCAAAAAAUAUGAAUGAGAGUAGUAUAAUAUCAUUGGUUGCAGUUAUAAUCUAUCGAAAGGGAAAAAGCAGAAGUUCAGUUAUUAGAGAUAACCCAAAUUGUCGUAUCGUCCUUCAUAUUGAAAGUUUUGUAUAUCAUUCCUAUCUUUAGCUGAGAAUGUGAAGAACAAAAAAAAAUGUUCGAAUGAACUAGAUUGUGAGGGAUGAUAACAGCUCCUGUUGCUAAACUUAGCAAUCGAAAUCCAUUUGUAUUCAUUUUUAUUUUUAUUUUUAUUUGUGUUUGAGUUUGGGUUUUUUUUAAAAGGAAGAGUUUGGUGUUUUCUUGGUUUCUUGGAAGUGGGGUAUCAUGGAGAAUAACUUCUUCAAAACAAUGCUGUGUGAGGAAAAAAAGGUUUUUAUACUUUGGAUUGUUAUAUAAUCAAGAAACAUAAGGCUCUACAUCCCGACUCAGUCCAGAUAUUGAAGCAGCCUAUCUCUUAAAAUACCUAAAUUGUAGCAAUGAAGGCAUAAGAUAUUUACAUUAUGUAAUAAAGGAAGACUUCAAUCCGUGUGGAGAUUUCUUUGAGUCCUGGUUUAUGACUUUUAAUAUUGUGAGUUAGAUCAAGUAAAGAGUUGCCCAACAUAUUAAUUUUAAUUUUCAAGUCUUUGAUUUUGUAUCUGCUGCCUUUGCUGCAUUUUUGUUGUUGAGAUUUUGACUUUUUCUCGGUUUUUUAUAUUUUUCACACAAGUUUAAUUUUAAACAGUAUUUUGAACAUUUAAAAUUAUAUUAAAGACCUUAUAAUUAAUAGAGUGAAGUAUCUCAGUGUUGCUCUGUUAUUUAUAUUUUUUUAUUAGCAGAAAGUAAUUUCUCAUAGUCAUAAAGGAGGGUUUAGUUGAAUCAUUUUUUUUAAAGUCCAGUUGUUGUUUUUUUAAUUAAUGGAAACAUCUUUUGGUGGAGAAAUGGAAGUAAUUUAAGCAGAAAACUAUUAGUACUAUUCUCUUCCAAGCAUUGUAACAAUGUUAAUUUUACUCAACACUUUAGAAACAUUGCUUGUUGCAGUAUUUGAAAGAACAUAAGUGUGUUUAAUUCUUUAUUUUACCAAAUCUGAAAUGUUUUGUUUUUGUUGUUGUUGUGUAUCUGUAUAGAAUGUUUAUUUUUCAUUGUGUUAUGGUGGUAUGUGUUACGUAGGCUACAUAUCCUUUUGACAUCUGUGUUAAGUUCUGGUUUGAUUGUCUGUGAUGCCUUUUUUUUUUUAACCACCAACAGAGAAGUGUUAAAAGCCAGGUGUUUGUUGAACACUUUGCUUUCUGGUGUCUAUUCCAAUAGACGUAUGUAUGUGUUAUUUGUUUGUUGCUGACUGGAAGAAAGGUAUAUGCUGGAAAUAGGUAUAAUUAAUUGUCGCAAAGAUACACCAAGUUGAGAGUCACUGUGUUGAUUAUUGUUGUUGCUCUUUCACUCCAUUUCUCAGGACAAUCACCCCUUCCUUGCUCUGUGGUUAUAGCUUCCACUAACUAUUCUGCACUAUUUAACAAGAUAAAAAAACAAAAUAACCUUGAUCCUAUCUAUCCCUAACUGUGUUUGACUUUGGCAAAGUGCUUUUCCCAGUAAACUUUGAUUUUACAACUGAAGUUGUUUUUCUUUUUAAAGAUUUUGUAUGAUAAAGAAUGUCAUAGCUCUUCAUGAAAUGUCAAACAUAUAGUUGAUGUGCAAACAAGAUUAAAUACAUAUUCUAUAUAUAUAUAAGUAUACGGCACAGUUUUACAGACUAUUCUCUGUCUUUCUUGAACUCUUAACAUUCAUGUUUUGGGUUCAUAUUCAGUGCAAAUGCAAGUAUUGUUUUUGUUGAGUUUUGAUUCUUGAAAAAUUAACUUCUUUUCCAGCCACAGUCAUAGCUUACUUAAAAUGACAUUGGCUUUUUUAUUUCCUAUUUGUCCUCUUUUUUUUAGUCAUUCAAUUUUUUUGCUUUGCUUGUCUCAAUAAAUGCUGUACGCAAGCAAGGCAUAGCAAUUAUUCCCAAAGUGGGAUUCAAAGCUGCCGACCAAAUGUGUCAGGAUGCAGUGGAAUCAGGCGCUAGUCAGUUUUUAGGCAUAUGGCGUUAUUGGAAAAUCAUAAAGCUGUUUAUUUGUCUUGCAUUUGGUGAAAAUAUGCCCCUCUCUCUUGAAUAGAAGUCUAGAUAUUUGCAAUUCAAGGAGAUGGGGGUCGCCUGGUUUCAGAAGUAAAAUUAGCAAGAACAUGACUGCCAAAGUUUGGUCACUUCCAUAACUUGAGAGUCCUUGGAAACUGAAAAUUUAGAUUUUUUGUGUGCCUUUAAUCAACGUUUUUCAGUAAUUUUCACACUGAAAUGUCUUUUCAAAGCAGUAUAAAAGAUGUUGAGCCAAAUCAUUAUUUUGACAAGCGUCUGAUUUCACCACGAUGCCUCACAAAUUUUCCUGGCGAAAGAAGACAAAUGUUUUUUAAAUUGAGAUUAAAACUGAGAAUUUUUGGAGUUCUGAGUGUGCCCAAAUUAGUAAUUCUCCUGCCCCUCCUCCCCCCCCCCUCUAACCCCUUCCUCCUUUCACCCCCAUCCCUCCUAAGCAACCCACACAUGUAUACUCAAAGAUGUAAUGAAAUUUUCAUAUGUCAUUUAUGUAGUUAUGUUCACAUGUGUUGACACAAAGGGAUUUUGAAAUUGUAAUAUAAAAUCAUAAACAGAGUAAUAAGACAAGAACGAAGGGAGGUGUUGCUGAGACUGUCUAUUGUUUCCAUGUGUCUGAGGCUUGUAUUUACAGCUCAAUGAACAACUUAAUAGUGUGUGUUUAUUGCAUACUAAAAACAUUCAUGUAAACAGUAGGCCUAUGUCAGUGUAUGUGGAAGAGGGUUUAUCUAUAUUAUGAAACUGUGACUAUGAAGCAUUUUUUUUUUUUAAUUGGGUUUCUUAUUUCAUUUUCACUGAUAUAUGUAUGAGCUGUCUUAAUUUCAGGUAUUUCCUGUACUCAACACAGUUCACAUUAGUUGCACAUUCACAACACACAGCUUCACAAAGUCAAUUUAUUUGUUUGGAAUAUGAAAAUGUGAAUAUAUGUAUGUGGACAAAGAGAAAGUGGGCAAGUAGAUGUCAACAUUGUGUCAUUGUCGGGCAUGGUAUGAACCUCAAUAUGACAUGGAAAGUUUUUACGCCAUUUAUCUUGGUCAGUGCCAAACUGCUAUCAAAAGACAUGUAGCAGGUAAGUAGUGAUAGUGGAGUGGUAAAGUCUGCAAAGAGAAGCAUAGUAUUUUGAAGAUGACUGUGGGCUUUUCUUGAAUAACUUAAAUAUGUCAAGUUAUCAAAGCUACAGACAUGACAACACUGACCAAUUUGAAUAUUGGCAAAUUUUACCAUAAAAAGGAAUAACAGAUCUCAAAUGAUAAUCCAUGCAGACAUUAUGAAGAACACAUUAUAACUGGAAGAUUCAACCAUCUUUUAUCACUAUUUGUCACAGAAAUAUAUGCUUCUUUCAGCUGUCAAGUAAUAGCAGAUUUGGCUGACUGAAAGAAACAUAAGACAUUUUCAAAUUUCCCUUCCCUGCCUGCACUAUUAGCACAUGAAAUAAAUGGUCUGCUUCUUCAAAUGAUGUCUACAACGGAAGAAAUUUACCAUAAAUUUUUUACUGUCAACCUCAACAAUUCAGGGUCUUCGUGCUUCAUUUCAAAAAUUUUUCCUACUCUCUUAUUUGUUACCGCUGUCUCUGUAAAUGUAUUUUUGAUAAACCAAUCAAAGCAUUUUCUUCACCUCUCAAGAAGAGAGAUUGAUGAUAGAAAUUUAGAGUGCCCAUUUCGUUUGCCUGUACCUGUGUUUGAAAUUCACUUUCUUUCAUAAAGCACAGGCAUUAUCUUGUUCUUAACUGACAUAAAAAUAUCUGGCAUCCUGUGUUCCAUUUUGUCUUGUACCCGGAUUAGUUGUGGAAUUUUGGCGCCAUACUUACACUGAAGAACAACUGACUGUUUUCAUGGUUCUGAUAAAAGUCAACAACAAACUUGAAUGUCAUCAGGAAACCAAUCUUAUUCCCUAUGUUCAUCUGAUUAUUAGUUUUCAGUAGGCCUAUUUUAUAAAACUUUGUCACAUUGUGUCAUAUUUCCCAGUGAAUGCAAAUGCUUCAUUUCUAAUUUGCUCUUUUUCUGCCCUUGACAAAGGCAAUUAUUCUGUUAUGAGCAUUUUCUGUCAGAGAUAGUCUGAAAGUUAUUGAGACAUUAUGUAGAAUGUAUUUUUACUUAAGCUCUCUCAGGCUUCAUAGAUUUUUUCUGUCAGUAUUGCCAGAAAAAAGAAGUUUAUGGCCCUUUAAAUAACAUUGAUACUUAAUAAGUUUCGGAAUAGAUGUUAAGAAUUUAAAGAAACUGAAGCUUGCAAAAGAACAUUUUUUGCUCUUGAUAAUGUUUGUGACUUAUCCAUUCUCACUGACCCUAUGCAUUUUCUUCUAAUAUGUGUUAAAUGUAUGAAAUAUUUCAGCUAUUCUUCAAAAGUUAGUAAAAUUGUGUAGGCCUACUGAUAUUCCAAAUGUUCAGUGUGAGAUUGCUGCUUGUUUGAAGUUGGUCGUUUAUCCUUUUUUUAAUGCCUUUACACAAGACAUAUUUGUGUAAGCCCUGCCUGUAAUUAGUAGAAACAUAGAAAUAGAUGUUGGCUAUAUCAAUUACCACUUUCUUUAUUGUUAUGUAAUGAUCUGCCAUUAUUUUAAUUUAUUCAUUUCUCUUUGAAUUUAAUGUUUUGAGAUAACUUUUUAAAAUAUUAAUAUCUUCUAAUUAAAAACAAUAAGGGAAAAUACAUUCCAAGAGAAUUUUUCAAAAUUUGAGAAAUAUAUAUAUUACAGUUAUGUACAAAAGAACACUGUAAAAGACUUUCUGACUUUGACCUGUCAUUUUUUUCCAGAGAGCUGGAAGAUUUGUUGUCAUGCCUGUUGGCCUACUAUUUUUACUGAGCUGUAGGCUACUCAAGACAGCUUUCAAAUUUGGAUGAAGUAUAUUUAUUUUCUUUACACUCUAUUUUAUUUACCAAGAAUUUUGUGGGAAGUAGGAGUGUCUGAGAUCUGUAGAAAUGUUUUCAAGUGAGACACAGUGAAUGAUUUCUUUGUUCAGUGAAAAAAAUCUAACCAGUUUCCUCAUUAGUAGUUUUAUUGCUCUGAUAUUGUAAGAAUUUAGUACUUUAAGAACUUAACAUGUGGAAAAGCUAGUGUUAGCUCAAUAUAUCGUUCUUCUUUUCAGCAUUGGAACUUGAAAGCUUUAACUUUACAUCAUUCCAUAUUUAUGCAUAUCAGAAAUUCAAAUAUGAACCAAGUAAUAUGUUUAGUGAUAUAUAGAUAUAUAUCUCUGGUAUCUUUUUAUUGAUUUUAAAUCACCAAGAGCAAAUGUUUAAAAUAGACUUUAUUCAGUAGAAGUAGCUAAUCAUGAUAACAUCUAAUUUUAUCAGUUUUGGAAGUGUAAUGGCGUUUACCUCUAUAACACUUUUAAAUUAUGUAUUGAAGUUAAAGAUGACAUGGGAAGUGAAAUAGAUAAGGAGAUGUUAAGGUUUGACAUCUGACUUUCUUUUUCCCUGUGAAUUAAUACAAAACUUUUUCUCAUCUAACAUAUGAUUGUCCUCCCCCCCCCCCCCCCCCCCCCCUUCCCGCAUGUUUCCCAAUUUUAGGUUUGAUCAUAUGUAUUUCCAACGUACAUGAUUUCUUCCUCACCCAUUCCUAUGUAUAGAAGUUGGUUUUAGGUCUUGAAGUGAGCAUUUUAAGUCAAUGUUUUAAGUGUGUGUACAGUACUAGGUAGCAAGCCUUGCUGUGUUUGUCUUAUGCAUAGGCCUGGAACCAGCCUUCAGAAGUUGUGUCCAUUUACCAAGUUUUACCCAAAAUGCUUGUCUGGUCUCUCUGACAUAUAAACUUUGCCAACACAAAAUCCUGACAAACACAUUUGAAAGUUUUAGAAACUGAAUAAAAACAAUGAUUGAGUAGCUUACACUGAAAGGGAGAAAAGAAGAGUAUAUGAGAAUUCAUAGAUUUCAGUUUUUAGGAGAAACAAUAACUGUCUUUUGAAAAAAACGUUUAUAUAUUAGAGAGAGAGAGAGAAAGAGAGAGAGAGAGAGAGAGGGGGGGGGACUGUAACAGAGAAUUCAAUGUACUAAGCUAGAUCUAGGUAUUUCUUUUGUGUUCAAAAUAGAAAGUUUGGCCAAAGUAUCUGUUGCUUUGAGACUCCAUGCUUUGUAGGUGUUGGUGUUUUGUGUCAGAUGUUGAUGGUCAUGGUGCUCCUUGGUCUACGUGCUGCACUCUUUAUGUGACUGUCUAGACUUUGUUUGUUCACCUUGGACUCACCCUUUCACUGGUUGUCACAAAAAUGCAAGCUUGUUUUCUUGGUUUCUCUAGCUUUGUUUUCUUCAUUCAGCAUCUAUCAUUGGUUAAGGUGCCAUUUUGAUUCAGCUUGAUGAUGCAUUCUGAUUUUCCUUUUGCGCUGUUUUUUUCUUUUUUAUGUUGACCUUCUUCUUGCAUACAAUGUAGGUCUACUUAUUAAAGAGAUAUGUCCUUUAAUUUGUGUGUUGCCUUUCUGAAAAUGAAAAAUGUUUUUGUUACCGGCUUACAUGAUUGGAAUGAUCUCUUGUCCUAGCCUUUUUUACUGCUCUAUUCACUGACUGUCCUUAUUCCAGUGUAAAUGCACAAGAGAACAUUACAACUAACAUUGGGAACAGUAGAAGGAUGAAUUAUUAGAACAGGUCUGUAAGCCUACAACCUGUUGAGAUGAGAAGUUUUAAGAACACAUAAGUUAUGACAGAGAAUUUUGUGCCCGGCAAAAGCUUUGUAGGUUUUGUUUGGGUUUCCAAAUGUAUUCUUUAAAUAGAAAAAAAAGUAAAAGCAGGUUUAAAGCAUAAUUCAUACAAAGUUUACUGCUUCUGAUUUGUUUGGUACUAUGCACAUUUUUUUAAAGGUUGAAAACUGAUAUUUAAUAAUAAUAAAUGUAUUUUGAACCUUACAUUGGCCUACAUCAUAAUGCCAGACGGAAACAAGAGAGUCAUCCAUCUGCUUUUCUCACCCUCAAAAGAAAACUUGACUAAAUCAGAGCAUCACUUUGGUAAAGGCUUUGUUAGUUUGACCUGACCUUGCAUUUUUGGUGAAUUAAGACUCUGAUACAAAUGAACAGACUGAAACCCAAUUUAAGUAGUUAUCAAUUCAAAUUAUCAUUUAUUUUGCACAAUAUACCUAUCGAACUGGAUAUAUUCAAGGCCAAUGUGUAGGUCUCAGAAAUUAGUCACCUAUCUAGGUUGAAAUAUGUUUGGGGUUUUAUUAUGUUCAGUUAUAUCUGCUAAGAACAAUACGUUGAAUCUGAGAUCACUAAUGAUUUUCUGUAUAUAAUGUACAUUACUCACACUUGCAAUUAAUACUUUUGUUUCAUUCUGCUUCUCAUAUAUUAGGCCUAUUAAUUAUUAGCUCACUGAUAGGUCGUGCUGUUGCUCUCUGCUCUUUUUGAAUUGUUUAACUCCGUGAUAAUUCGUUGAUCAGCUGAUUCUUGCUUUUCAUUUCAUUGUUGGACUUAUAUUAGGCUGUUAAUUUUGAAAAAGUCAAAUAAAAAUGCCAGCUUUGAAAUUUCAUCUC